AUGACUGUCGAUGCGACAUUGAAAGCGAAUGGCUCUGCGCCAAGUGGCAAGAGGCAAAGGAUCAUCAAUUGUGUUCGUCAAUUGCCUUAUCAGAUUCAAUUGGGUGAGACAAACGACGAUUGGAAGAUCCAACCUAUCAUCGGCAACAGCUCUCUUUAUUCGUCAUUGGACUAUCUGAACAGUGAUGAAAAGGCGAAGAAUUACGAGCAGCAUGUGGUCGGAUGGACGGGUGAAAUCACUAGAGAACAGGAUUUCGCGUCUCGCCUUUUAGCAUCUUAUUCUGACAAAAGGAAGGAGGGCCCAGACGACAUCGAUGAUGAUCCCCUUUACUUGACGAAGGAACAAAUGAAUGGGUUGACCGAAACCAUACAACAAAAGAACGCACAGGAUGGAGAUACUAAGAUCUCUAAUGUACAUCCAGUGUGGUUGCUCCGCCGUGAUCAAAGCCGGUGGAGGGACUAUGCGGAGAAUGUCCUCUGGCCCACCUUCCACUACAUCUUGAAGUUUUCUUCUGAAGGUGGUGAUAAAGAAAACAAGUGGUGGUAUGAUUAUGUCAAAUUUAAUGAAGCUUAUGCGAUGAAGAUUGGUGAAAUCUACCAGAAAGGUGAUAUUAUAUGGAUACAUGACUAUUAUUUGUUAUUACUUCCUCAAUUGUUGAGGAUGAAAUUCAAUGAUGAAGACUUAGUUAUCGCAUAUUUUCAUCAUUCUCCAUGGCCAAGUAAUGAAUACUUCCGUGUUUUGCCACGUAGAAAGCAAAUUCUCGACGGGCUGGUAGGUGCCAAUCGUAUUUGUUUUCAGAAUGAUGGCUUUGCACGUCAUUUUGUCUCAUCAUGUAAGAGACUCUUGGAAUCUACAAGCAGGAAAUCGAAAAACGCUUUGGGUAUUGACCAGUAUGAAGUUGGCGCAUACGGUGGAGACGUCAUGGUCGAUUCGUUGCCAAUCGGUGUUAAUACUAAAAAGAUUUUGGAAGAUGCUUUCACCACAGAUAUUGAUGCUAAGGUUUUAGCAAUCAAGGACGCUUAUGAAGGCAAGAAGAUUAUAAUUGGACGGGACAGCUUGGACGCUGUUCGUGGUGUCGUCCAAAAGCUGAGGGCCUUUGAAACCUUUCUGGCGAUGUAUCCUGAAUGGAGAGAUAAAGUCGUCCUGAUUCAAGUUAGUAGUCCUCCAAUCAACAGAAAUUCUCAGCAGACGAUUAAAUUGGAACAGCAAGUCACAGAGCUAGUAAACUCCAUCAACUCCAAGUAUGGUGAUCUUGACUUUUCUCCCGUGCAGCACUACUACAUGAGGAUUCCAAAAGACGUUUAUUUCUCGCUGCUGAGAGUAGCAGAUUUAUGCUUGAUCACGAGUGUUAGAGAUGGGAUGAAUACUACUGCAUUGGAAUAUGUUACAGUUAAAUCUCACACUUCAAGCUACAACUGUUACGGAAAUCCUUUGAUACUCAGUGAGUUCUCAGGUAGCAGUACUGUUUUGAAGGAUGCCAUUAUUGUUAAUCCGUGGGACUCUGUGGCUGUGGCCAAGAGAAUAAAUAGGGCCUUGAAAAUGUCGAAAGAAGAAAAGUUUACUUUAGAGAAGAAGAUAUGGUCUGAGGUGCCAACCAUCCAGGAUUGGACCGAUAAGUUCUUAACAACCCUUGAUGACAUAAUUUACCGUUCAUCACCAUCCAGUAAGGACAAUCGCAUUACCCCUGCUUUGAAUAGGCCUGUAUUACUCGAAAAUUAUAAGCAAGCUAAUCGUCGCUUAUUCUUAUUCGAUUACGACGGUACUCUAACACCUAUUGUGAGGGAUCCAGCAGCUGCUAUCCCCUCCGCCCGUUUGUUAUCGACUCUGAACAACUUGGCAGCAGAUCCCAAGAAUCAAAUAUGGAUAAUUUCUGGUCGUGACCAGAAAUUCCUUAACAAAUGGUUGGGCAGUAGGCUGCCUCAAUUAGGGCUAAGUGCGGAGCAUGGUUGCUUCGUCAAAGAUAUAAAUGGUGGAGAAUGGGUGAAUUUAACAGAAAGGUUUGACAUGUCGUGGCAAGUCAAGGUAGGUAAAGUUAUGGAAGACUUCACAACCCGUACUCCGGGAUCUUUUCUCGAGAGAAAGAAAGUCGCUUUGACGUGGCAUUAUAGGCAAGCUUCUCCAGAAUUGGGUGAGUUCCAUGCAAUUGAAAUGAAGAAAGACUUGCUCAAAAUUGCCGAAGAGUACGACUUGGAAAUUAUGGAUGGUAAGGCUAACUUAGAGGUACGUCCUAGAUUUGUGAACAAAGGUGAGAUUGUCAGAAGGUUGGUCUGGCACAAGCAUGGCACACCUCAAGAUAUGCUUGAUAACAGCCGCGAAGAGUUAACUAAAGAUGAGAUGCCUGAUUUUAUCUUCUGCUUAGGCGACGAUUUGACCGAUGAGGACAUGUUUAACCAGCUGAACAGAAUUGAGGGAAUCUGGAAGAAAAAGUAUCCUGAUCAAGUUAAUCAAUGGAAAAAUUUUGGAUUUUAUCCUUGUACAGUUGGCUCCGCGUCAAAGAAGACAGUCGCAAAGUCUCACUUGACAGACCCUCAACAAGUGCUCGAAACUUUGGGAUUACUUGUUGGCAGUGUCUCACUGUUCCAAAGUGCUGGUACUGUCGAACUGGACCCCAGGGGCCAUGUUAAGAACAGCGAGAGCAGUUUGAAGUCUGAGCAAGCGACCGCUGAGUACGUUUUGAAAAGGCAAAACUCAAACACCUCAUUAAAGAAACAAGGAUCAAGCACCUCUUUGAAUAGGCAAUAUCCAAACACGCCUCUAACUCUAAGCAGGCAAAACUCAAGCACAUCCAUGAACAGGCAGGGUUCAGUAAACUCGAUAAGAGGUAAGUAA